GCCCCCGCGGACAGUUCAAACACAGAGACACUUCGCGGGGCCCCUGCAGCUGCACUGCAGACUCCCCUGCACCUGACGCUUCCUACCGGGGCUCCACCGCUCUGGGGCGACCGCGGCAAGCAAACGGGCAGCAGCCCGGCGCCCCGCCGGCGGAGCGAUGCUUCAGCCACCGCCAUAAGCGGAAGCGGCCGCCCGUCGCCCGGCCCUCAAGAGGCGGCUCCAGCGGCAGCGAGCGCGCAUGCACCGGCUCGGGCGGCCGCUUCGCGGAGCGCGCUUGGCGGGACGGCGGGAGCGGACCGGCGGCGGGGGCCCAUGGCGAGCGCGGUUAUUAAAUGCAAGGCUGCUGUUGCCUGGGAGGCAGGUAAACCACUCUCUAUAGAAGAGGUGGAGGUUGCGUCACCAAAAGCACAUGAAGUCCGUAUUAAGGUGGUUGCCACUGCAGUCUGUCACACAGAUGCCUAUACGCUGAGUGGUGCUGAUCCUGAGGGGUGUUUCCCAGUGAUCUUGGGUCAUGAAGGAGCAGGAAUUGUGGAGAGUGUUGGGGAAGGAGUAACUAAAUUAAAACCAGGUGACACAGUCAUCCCACUGUACGUCCCACAAUGUGGAGAAUGCAAAUUCUGUUUGAACCCUAAAACCAAUCUCUGCCAAAAGAUAAGAGUUACCCAAGGAAAAGGACUGAUGCCUGACGGUACCAGCAGGUUCACCUGCAAAGGGAAGCAGAUUUACCACUUCAUGGGGACUAGCACCUUCUCCGAAUACACCGUUGUAGCUGAUAUCUCUGUGGCUAAAAUCGAUGCUGCAGCUCCUCUGGAUAAAGUUUGCCUGUUGGGCUGUGGAAUUUCAACAGGUUACGGAGCUGUCCUCAACACUGCCCAGGUGGAACCUGGUUCUACCUGUGCCGUCUUUGGAUUGGGAGGAGUUGGGCUGGCAGUUAUUAUGGGCUGUAAAGUGGCUGGAGCUUCCCGGAUCAUCGGCAUUGAUCUCAACAAAGAUAAAUUUGCCAAGGCUAAAGAGUUUGGAGCCACUGAGUGCAUCAACCCUCAGGACUUUAAGAAGCCCAUACAGGAGGCGCUGGUUGAGCUUACUGAUGGUGGAGUGGACUACUCUUUUGAGUGCAUUGGGAACGUUGGUGUCAUGAGGGCUGCCUUGGAAUCCUGUCACAAAGGCUGGGGAGUCAGCGUGAUAGUUGGAGUAGCUGCUUCUGGUCAGGAGAUCUCUACCCGUCCCUUCCAGCUAGUAACGGGUCGCACGUGGAAAGGGACUGCCUUUGGAGGUUGGAAGAGUGUAGAGAGUGUACCAAAGCUGGUGGCUGAAUACAUGUCGAAAAAGAUCAAAGUCGAUGAAUUUGUGACUCACACGCUGCCUUUUGACAAAAUUAAUGAGGCUUUUGAACUGCUGCAUGCAGGGAAGAGCAUUCGAUGUGUCCUGAAACUUUAAGGAUCCCGAAGACGGAACCUGCCAGUCUUAGCACUAUGCUGUGUCUACUAGUUAAUGGAGCUUUUGGAAGAGGUGUAGGAUCAGCUGAAGAGAAAAUUCAGUUGUGAUGGGAAAACUAUCUGCUUUAGGAUCAUAGUCUCUAUUAAAUCAUAUGUAACCUGAUCUCAGACGAAUGAUAAAUACUAAAUCCAGUUAUGAAACUAA